GCGUGUGAUAGGGCCUUUUAACACGUGCUCUAACUUUUAUUUACGCACGCACUAUUUUACAACAUCGGCUGAGGCGUCUCCGCGAUAAAUAAAGAUUUGACUAGCUAGUGGCCGUCGCCGUCGCCCUGGCCGGUGGGUCGAUCCCUUCAUGCCCGCUGCUCUUCUUCCACCACGGUGCAUCCACCCGCAACUCAAUUGGCAGCCCGUGUGCGGUGUGCCUGUAGGUGACCACCACCAGUCACAUGGCGCGCAACAAGACGUAUGUGCAUGAUUGGCAAUGCCAUGCUUGCUCCGCUUUGGGUUUAGCUUCUAAUCACGGGAGCUGGAAUAUAUAUGCCAUGAUUGACAUGCAGCCCCUCUCGUAUAGAGCGAGAUCGUGAACUCGACGCGCACGCCGGCCGGCCCGGCGAAACGUACGAAUGCUUCUCGCGUUGCAGCUGCAGCGUAGCUUUCGUACAAGGACAGCCAUGAACACAUUGGUCCAUCCAUGGUGCACGUCCGAAUCAGGCAGACACGACCUACGGCACAUGAAAUCCUCUCGUGAUCCCCUCCAACCAGUAGCCAGUUACUAAUCCUUUGCUUGGACAUGAUCUUCUUCAUGCUCCCCACGUAGGUCCGUCUCCAUGCCUCUCCAUCGCUAGCUUAAAAGAGAGCCUUCAGCCACACACACACACCUCCCCAUCUCAGCCGCGUUAUCCAUCCAUCCAACUGCACCUCGCAUCGCAUGCACGCAAUCUUGAUCACUCACUAACUAAUUGAUCGACCAGCCAUGGCGCGCCUUCUCCUCGCCCUCGUCCUCGCGGUGGCCGCCGCCAUCAGCCAUUCGCUGCCCGCGCGCGCUUCUGCGGCGCCCUCGCCGUCCUACCGGUGCGGGUGGUGCACGGGCCGCUCCACCGCCUACCUCCUCCGUCCUGAUGCCGGCGUCAUCACUGGCGCCGCGUGCGGAUACGGUGACCGGGCGGAGCUCGCUGCCGACGAGGGGUUCCACAUUGCGGCCGUCAGCGCUGGAUUCUUCCGCGGCGGCCGGGCCUGCGGCGCGUGCUACCAGCUGAGAUGCAGGGACCGGAGAGCGUGCUCGGAUGCCGGCGCCAAGGUCGUCGUCGUUGCCGACGUGCGCGAGGUGAACAGGACAGCUGCCGGCAGCGUCGGUGGCGGACAGUUCGUGCUCAGCAAGGACGCCUUCGCCGCCUUGACUACUGCUGGUCACAGUGGUCAGCUCGGGAGCUUGGUGGACACGGCCGUCGACGUCGACUUCAGGAGGAUACCUUGCGCGUACAAGAGCAAGAACCUGGCGGUGAGGGUGGAGGAGAUGAGCAACAGGGACAAGGGUCACCUCGCCCUCCGCUUCCUCUACCAGGGUGGGCAGACCGACAUAGUCGCCGUCGAGGUGGCGAAGGCGGCGGCUCCUGAUGCCGCCCAGAGCGCCGCCGCACCGUCGCCGACGAACUGGAAGUACAUGACGCGGCGCGAGGGGUCGUCAGGGGUGUGGCGCACAUCGCGCGCGCCGGCCGGUCCGCUGCAGCUCCGGCUCGUGGUCACCGCGGGCUCCGGUGGCAAGUGGCUGCGCGCCGAUCGGGCGGUGCUCCCCGCGGAGAUGCAGCCCGGCGCGGUCUACGACACAGGGCUUCGCGUCACCGACGUCGCCGCGCGUACAUGCAGCUGUGCCUCCGCCUCCGGGAACGACGACGAAGAGGACUAGGAGGAGGCCAGUUGACACGCAGAUGCGCGCUUCCAUCCUUGCUGGAUCCGGCCUGCACGCCAGCGGCCUGCCGCCGGGAAGGUCGACGAUGCAUUUAUGCUGCUGCUGCUGCAUGUACACUGCACAGCUGCAUGUACAUCGACGGCGCGUUCACUCGACGGCACGACGCCGGCAGACGCUGAAAACGGGAAAAGUGAAGAGAAGUGGAGAAAGAGGCAUAGCAGCGAAAAGGUCCUCCAAAGAAAGGGAUAUUUACGAUGAUGCCCUUGAGAUAUUCCAACCUGGACCUCUUCAUCGCCGUCAUCGGCCGAAGCUCCGCCGGAGGAAAUGGUGGGUGCUCCAUGAUUGCGGUUCCAACAUGACGGGCGGCCAUUGACCACACUAGCAAGUAGCUAGUGCAUAUUAGUGGGCUAUACAUACACACGCUUGAGAUCAUUGUCAAUGUGUUCAUGCAUGCACUACAUUAGUGGGUGGGUGAGCUAUGGCAUUCGGCAACUUGUUGAUUCUUCGCGGCCAUUGUCUCAUCAUAUGGCAGGUCCAAGUCCAAAAGAUACUUCGCGGCCA